CCAAAGCUCCACCUAUGGUAUUGAAUGGAAGCAAAUUGAAUGCGAAAAAUUAAUUAAUCAGCAUUUUCUUAAUUGAUUACAUUAAUUACAUUACAAUUCUCUUUCAAUUAAAUUCAACUCUUGACUUGAACUAAUACUCAGAUGAAUUUUGAUUCUUUGAAAAAUUGCGCUUCGAUUUAAAUUUCUUAGGCCCUGCUGACUAAGAAUCCAUGAUGUCUUAAAACUUACCGGUUACUUUUUGAAUUUUCCUUCAUUUGUUUUGGUUCAUCUUUUUCUUUCAUUUUCUUUUGUGAAUUAUUUUGUUAAUUUAAUUGAUUUGAUUGUUUCAUCUGUUAGUGUUUGGUGUGUGUUUGUGUCAACAUGGGUGACGAACCAAGUACCAGUUUAAGAGUUGAUCAACCCUACAGGUGUGAAUAUGCUAAAAGUGCUCGAGCUUCUUGCCGCAGUUGUAAAGGGAAAAUCAUUAAGGAUGAAUUACGAUUGGCAAGAAUGGUUAAAAUGCCUGCUUUUGAUGGAGUUUCACCACAUUGGUAUCAUUUUGAUUGUUUUUUUGAGAAAAAUCGUCCCAAGUCAACUGGUGACAUGGCUCAUUUUUCUAAUCUACGGUUUGAAGAUCAGAAGAAAAUCGAAGCCAAGAUUGGCAAUGCUUCGGGUGCCACCGCCUGUUUAUCUGAUUUUGGUGUUGAAUAUUCGAAAUCUGGUAAAGCAGCUUGUGUACUUUGUGAGUCUAAAAUUUCACUCAAUGAAGUCCGAAUCUCAAAAACUGAUGAAGAAUCUGAUGCUGCCGUGAGACUUGGUCGAGCUUUACCAAGAUUUUUCCAUGUUGAUUGUUUUGUCUCCGCUCGACAAGAGUUGGGUUUCUUUGAUUCUGCUGAUAAGUUACCUAAUUUUGAUGGACUUGAGGCCUCUGAUCGACAAAUACUCAAGAAAAAGUUACCCAAAUUAAGUGGAACCAAACGAAAAGUGGCAGCUGAAACUAAUGGCACUAAAGGCCAAAGUGAGCCUAAGAAAAGUAAAGUUGACAAAGUGGACAAAGAACUAGAAAAAUCACUUCAAGAACAAUCAAAUCUGUUGUACAAAUACAUCGAUCAAUUGAAAACAUUGAAAGCCAAUGAGCUCGAUGUUCUACUUUUGCACAAUAAUUAUGAUCCACCAAAAGAUAGAGGACGAAAAGCAGAAGUUGUUGCUGACGCAAUGGCGUUUGGUGCCUUAAGUAAAUGUCCUGAGUGUAAAACUGGUCAGCUGUAUUUCCGUAUUGCUGGUUACAUUUGCAGUGGAAUGGUUUCUGAUUGUGUCAAGUGUGUCUACGAAACUGUUAAACCAGCUCGUAAACCAUUCAAAGUGCCUACUGAAUACAAAGAAAUCUACGAAUUUUUGGCUAAAUACAAGUAUAAACCUCGAGUCCGAGUUAUGGGUAAAGUUCAAGGGCCAGUCGAUGCAGUGGACAUAGCUAAAGUGGCAUCAUCAUCAAAUGGAAAUGAUAAUGAAAGUGAACAUAAAAUUGAUCCAUCGAAGCCGUUAAAAGAUCAUAAGAUCGUCAUAUUUGGCAAACUCGGUAAACCAUUGAAAGACUACAAGAAAGCAAUUACAGAUUUGGGUGGUUCAGUUGUUACCAAUUUCGAUCGAACAGUUUUAUUCGGUAUCACCAAUGACAAAGAAAUCGAUAAAGGAUCGGAUAAGGUUGAACAAUCUGAACAGAAUAACGUGAUCCUGGUUAACGAGAAAGUGAUCGAGGAAAUGAAGAAAGCAAAUAUUGAAGAUAUUCCAUCGGUUAUUGUCAAGCAUGGAUUAAGUGAAUGGGGAGCUCAAGAUGUUGCUAAAAGAUUCGUUAAUCUGGUCAACAAGAGUAAAGUUAAAUCAUUUAAAUCAGGAAGCGGAUCAAAAUCUAAAUCAGCUGCUUUCCCUGAGCGACAGAAAAUGGUGAUUAAGGAUGGUACAGUAGUCGACCCACAAUCGGAGCUCGAAGAAAUCGCAAUUGUCUACAAGGAAGGUGAUAAAAUCUACUCUGAGGUUCUCAAUAAGGUUGAUUUACAAGCUAACAAAAAUUCAUAUUACAAACUUCAACUGCUCAAAGAUGAGAAUAGAAAGAAUCGCUUCUGGGUCUUUACUUCCUGGGGUCGAGUUGGUACUGAUAUCGGUGGAACCAAAACUUAUUCAUUCAGUAAAUUGGAAGAUGCUCGAUUCAAGUUCGAGGAGAUUUUCUUUGAUAAAACAGGACAACAAUAUUGCAAUCGUCGUAACAUGACUCGAAAGGCUUCAUUUUAUUAUCCUCUGGAGGUUAGUUAUGCUGUCGAUGGAGAUAGAGGUGUGAAAAUGGAGAUUGGUAAAUCAGAAUUACCUCCGGCUCUUCAAAGAUUGGUCAUGAUGCUUUUUGAUGUUCAAUUGAUGGAGAAAGAGAUGAAAGAAUUUGAAUUGGAUAUGACGAAAAUGCCUCUCGGAAAAUUAUCCAAGAAACAGAUUCUCUCAGCUUAUAAUGUUCUAUCGGAAAUCAGCCGAUUGGUUGACGAUGAUUCCAAAAAAGCAUCGGCUAAAUUGGUCAGUCAAUGUGAAGGAUUUUACACUCUUAUUCCACACACUUUCGAAAAUGACAAACCUCCUCUCAUUAGAACCAGCAAAGAGGUUGAAAGAAAGAGAGAAAUGCUCGACGCUCUCAUGGAAAUGGAAAUUGCUUGUGAACUUAUUACCUCUGUUAAGAGUGAGGAUUCUACUGAUGAUCCAAUUAAACAGCAUUACCUCAAAUUGGGAACUGAUUUAUCUGUUCUUGAUACCAAAGAACCAGAAUACAAACUGAUUGAUGAAUAUUUGGUCAAUACUCAUGCUAAAACUCACGCAGUUAAAUUGAAGAUUAAGGAAGCAUUUAAGGUUCGUCGACAUGGUGAAGAGGAGAGAUACAAAAAGUACACUGGUCUCAACAACAAGAUGCUUCUCUGGCAUGGAUCUCGAAUUACUAAUUUCGCCAGCAUCUUAUCUCAAGGUCUCAGAAUCGCUCCACCAGAAGCACCAGUUACUGGUUACAUGUUUGGAAAGGGUGUUUACUUUGCCGAUAUGGCCACUAAAAGUGCCAACUAUUGUCAUCCACAAAGUAACAACAACACUGGUAUACUUGCCUUAUGUGAAGUGGCACUUGGUGAAAUGCUGGAACUUACUCAAGCUGAUUUCAUCACUGAUCUUCCAAAAGGAAAACACAGUGUUAAGGGUGUCGGUAAAACGGCUCCAGACCCAAAGAAGUCUAAAACUAUCGAUGAAGGUGUUAUCGUUCCUUGUGGACCUGGAAAACCAACCGGCGUUAAAGACACUUCUUUACUUUACAAUGAAUUCAUUGUCUAUGAUGUGAACCAAAUAAAAAUUCGAUAUCUAUUGAUGGUCGAAUUUGAUAACAAACUAUUCUAAACUCAAGAUCACCACCGUAACUGACCGAAAGAAAAACGGGUUUUCUUAAAUUGAUGCAUCACAUAUUUCAUAUAAAACUCAAAUCUCUUCAUUGUCAUAUUCUGACUUAAUCCAAAGAGUUUUCUCUGCAUUUAAAUAACUUAAAUCACUUCAAGAAAAACAAACAAAUGCCUUAACUUGUGUUCACGUUCAAAUUUAAUUUGAUUCUUAUUAACGAUUUGCUUAGAAUUUUUUUCUUUUCUUUUUUCUCUUUACUUUUGAUAUUUUGUUUUGCAUUCAUUUUCGUCUUUUAUUAAAAUUAUUUCAGUUUUCCUCAUUA